CCACACUCCUACUCCUCAGACCAAACUUCUUUAAAUCUUUUCUCCAUCUCCCGCCUGCGUACCUUCCUGAUCUAUCUGUCGCUUAUCAGUUCCUAUCAAGCUUCUUCAAGUGACGUAGCUUCGCUGACUGGCAUCAUGAGAGUGAUUAUCAGAGAGAAUCCUCGAGAGGUGUCCGAGUACAUCGCUGACUAUAUUAUCAGCCGUAUCAAGUCGUUCAGACCGACCGAAGACCAGCCUUUUGUGCUUGGUCUUCCAACCGGCAGCAGCCCUGAAAUUAUCUACAAGAAUCUUGUCCAGCGCUUUAGGGCUGGCGACAUCUCGUUUAAGAAUGUUGUGACUUUUAAUAUGGACGAGUAUGUUGGUCUGCCUCGCGAUCACCCCGAGUCAUACCAUAGCUUCAUGUACAAACAUUUCUUUUCGCACGUGGACAUCCCGCCCCAGAACAUUAACAUCCUCAACGGAAAUGCACAUGACCUCGCUGCUGAGUGUGCUUCGUUCGAAUCCCGAAUCGCUGCCUACGGUGGCAUUGAGCUCUUCCUUGGCGGCGUGGGCCCUGAUGGACAUAUCGCGUUCAACGAGCCAGGAUCGUCUCUGAGCAGCCAGACUCGGGUUAAGACUUUGGCUUACGACACCAUCCUGGCCAACUCUCGAUUUUUCGACAAUGACAUCAACCAGGUGCCACGGAUGGCUUUGACGGUGGGCAUUCAGACCAUCAUGGACGCUCGAGAGGUGGUCAUAGUGGCUACGGGCCACCAUAAGGCGAUCGCAGUACAACAGGGUCUCGAGGGCGGUGUCAACCACAUGUGCACGCUUUCCUCACUGCAGCUGCACCAGCACCCACUCAUUGUGUGUGACCGUGACUCGACCCUCGAGCUCAAGGUCAAGACAGUUCGAUACUUCGAAUCGAUCGAACAGGCUGGGACAGAUGCUCGUACCCAAGGUCCACCUCUGGUCUACCGUUCCAAGACAUAUAUGUCGGCGUCCAUGGGUAUUACACAGCAGCCCAGCCCAGCUACGACGCCGAAGAAAGUGCCUAAGGAUCUGCGAAUCAACACCGAAUUCAAUCGGGCGAUGGACGAUGAAGAAUUGACGCCAGACAGCAUGUCAUCCCGUAUGGUCGAUUCCGCCAUCAGUGGAAUUGAUACGACUCUAAAGGGCGAUUUGAUUUUCGAUCGAAUGGGUGCUCGAGUUGCAACCAACUAAGCCGAUACCGAUGCGAACACGAGAUAUAUUCACACAUACCGCUGGAUUAGAUUGCACAUCUCUGUUUCUGGCGACAAACAUAUGGAAAAAAAAAAAAAAAUACUGAACAGGGCCCAGCGGUUUUUGGUUUUUCAGAUU